AGAAUUGGAGUUGCAUACCACUUCUUGGAAUGCACAAAGUGUAUGGGGUUGGCUUUUUCAGGACACAAGUGGAUAGUUAUAAGACUUACCCCAAAGAUUCUCUUGAGCGUGUAUGGUGAAGAAUGUAUGGGGGAGGACAAUUAUUGGGUUCUCUAAAUGCCUCCUAGAGUUAAAAGCAAGGAUUUUCUGGGGGAAGACCUGCUCUUUUACCAUCCAAAGACCCACACGAUUCGCUCCUAAGGAGCUGUCCAUGGUUCUGGGAAUUGCUGCUCUCCUCUGCGUUUCCUUCAAUGUCACUACGCCUGGGGAAAAUAGAAGACCUGAUGUCUACGAGGGAGCUUGUUUGGCAUUUCAACAAAAUAAGAGGAAAUGUUAGCACUGAGUAUCUUACGUAUUUACUUAAUCACAUGACAACUGGAUGAAAUGUGAGGGACGGUGCUAGUCAACACCCUCCCCUUUUCCCAAAGUAACUGGGCAUCAGCUACCACAAAGGGAAGAGUAAAUAAAGAAAAAGGGGCAGAAUUCAGUUUACAUCCACGACUACACCUACUAGCAGAUGAUCGAACUAUCAAUAGGAUUACACACUGAUAAAACUAAGGAAACGCUGCAGACAGGAACACUGGACAUCCAGAGGAACUCCAGAAGGUGGGCUCGCAAGACAUAUCCACAGCAAUUUUGUUCACUUACUCUUAAGGAGCAGUGGAGAACAUCAUCCAGUCUCAAGGGUCAACGCAGAUAGCAACCCCUCACCAUGAAAGUUACACUGAAUGGUGUUUCUGUGUUUGCAGUCUUGGCAGGUGUUUUAAGUUUCACCUUCCUGGUGGCUGCCCUGGCCACAGACUUUUGGUAUCAAAUAGAUGCUUCAGGAUUGGAGAAGUUAACCAACCAUACAGGUAGUUUGAAGUCCCAUAGAGGACUUUGGAGGACCUGCCAAUUUAACAGGACUUGCCUCCCUAUGGUCAACCCAUUCAAAUCUAAGACAGCAAACAUGACCACCUCACGUAAGAAUGUCCUGUACCUGCAUGGGGCAUUUGUGAUCCUGUUGCCUCUAAGCCUCAUCUUCAUAGUCUUUGGAGGAAUGGCGGGUAUCCUUAGCAUCUUCACGCAAGCCUUCUGCCUUCUGCUGUUCACCGGGGUGCUCUUUCUUCUAGGAGCUCUCGCUACCCUCCUUGGGGUCAGCAUCUACAUUGCUUAUUCCGCGGCCAUCUUCAAGGAGGUUGCAUCUUUUCUGGGGAGGAAGAAUCUCUUGGAAAAUCUCAACAUCCAGUUUGGCUGGUCUUUGGCCUUUGCCUGGGUCUCCAUCGCUUCUGAACUUCUCACUGGGUUGGCAUUCGUUCUCAUGGCCAAGAUGGUGGGCCAGAAACGACGGUGGGACAAUUUCAUUUGAGGGAGUCGGAGAUGGUCCUCUUUACUGCUCCUUCCAUCCCUGGCCUCUGUCUGUUUCUCGUCACUGCUUUGAGCUAAGUUGAAGUCAUGCUCCAGGGGCUUUUGCCACUGCUUCUAGUAGCUGAGGAUUUUAAGCCAAAACUACGAUCAGAAUCCCCCAAAGGAUUUGCGCAGAGCUGCAAGUGCAUAUAAAAUAAGCAAAGAAAAAGUCUGCGUCUUCAAAUACAUAGGAAAGCAAUGCUUCCUUGAACAAAUUCAUAGGAUAUCUUUAUUUUUGUCUCAUUUAUCCUUCCCCCCUUUUAAAAUUAUUCACUGUAACUUUGGUGUUGCCAGCUAGAGUGGCAGAUGAGGGUUAAAAGAAGAAUCAGCCUUUCGCCCUUACAUUCUGAAAAUCAUGCCCGUCGACCAUUCUAGAACUUCUGAGGCUUCAGUAGAUAGUUUUUUCCUAAGGGCUAGAGGUUUCUUUCUUUUCUUCCUUCCUUCAAUUUUAAAGGACAGAAAAUGAAACAAAAAUCUGAGAUGCUGAGAUUAUUGGGAGUUUAGAUUCUGGACAAAUUCCGUAGUUGUUUCUGCACUGCUAGAAAGAAAUAUAGAAAAAUAUUGGCAGUAUUCAGUGCACAAACUGAAUUAGGUCAGAUAGAUAUAUACAGGUAGUCCUUGACUUAUGACCACAGUUAAUUUCCAUUGCCAGGCAAGAUGGUUGUUACGUGAGUUGCAUCCCAUUCUACAACUUUUUUUUUUAUUAAAUGAAUCACUGCAUUUGUUUGGUGAAUCACACAAUUGUGGGCAAAUCUGGCUUCCCCCACUGCUUAUUGGAAGCCAGCUGGGAAAGUUACAAAUGGUGACCCUCAUGACCUCAGGACAUUGCACCUGUCAUAAAUACAUGCCAGUUGCCAAGCGCCAGAAUUUGGAUCAUAUGACCAGUGGGAUACAGCCAUGGUUGCUAGUGUGAAAAGAGUCACAAAUCACCUUUUCUCAAUGCCGUAGUUACCUUGAAUGGUCACUAAACAAAUGGUUUCAAGUCAAGGACUACUUGUAGGCUGUAUUUGUGCGAUAUGCAGAUCUUGUGUGGAAAGAAAAGUCCUCUGCACCUCUGCGGGGUGCAGAUACAAGGCGCUGCACCAAGCAAGAAUGGGGCAGGGCUAGUGAGUAUCAUGCAGGCACUAGCCCCGCCUCAUUUGCAGCGCGUGCAUACUCACGGCCCCCUGCGUGCACACGCACAUGUAAAAUACUGCCCCCUCCCUUUUCUUCCGGUCUGCCAAUCGACCACCACCUUUGUGCUGGGCGGGGCUCCUGCUCCGGGCAGUGGUGGUGGCCUGAUGGACCUACUGCUGGCAGCGGUGGCGCGCGUGCCAACAGAGAGGGCUUUGAGUGCCACCUCUGGCACGCGUGCCAUAGGUUCGCCACCACUGUAAUAUAGAAUACAAAUGAUAACAAAGAUAAUAAGGAAUAGAAGGGAAAGGUAAGGAGGGAAGGGAAAAAGCAAUGGCUUCCAACUUUUUUCCAAUGCAGUAAAGUACAAAAUACAAUUGCAACCGUAACUUUUUGUUGUACAUAUUUAGCAAGCGCCAGCCAGUUCUGUAACAAUAGAGUUAAUUUAAUCAUCAAAACCUAAAAUCAAAGUUUUAUUUUUUCCCCUCUCUCUUUUGAGGGUAAAAUCCAGAAACAGUUUCUAAACAGAAACCAAACUGGGUAGGUUCUUUUCUUUAAUUUCUUUCAUUCAGGUUCAUGUUGCCAUCUGCAGUUUUGGCAGAUUCUAUUCUUCAGUUCGUCACCAACCUCUCCUCUUGAGAGGAGUAAUGUGCAUGUGUGCGAACGUUCUGGGAUUUCCUUCCAAGAAGUAACCCUGAAAGAAAGACACCCUGAAGUGCUAUAAAGAAAAGUGGCAAUGUGGAUUUUCCUGCUUAGUUUCCGAGGAAUUAAAGUUUGCGUGGGAAAACUCCGGUCUUUCCUGACAUCUAGUGGCAAGAAUGAGAACUGAAUAGCUCGGAAGAAAAAGCUGUGCAGAGAAAAAGAUCCCAAAAGAUGGAAUUAACUUCUUGAGCUUGAUGUCCGCGCUGGAAAAAGCAGGCUAAAGUAGAAUUCUAAUAGGAUUCCAGUCCUCAGGCAAGAAUGUGAUUCUCUUCGUAAAUUAUAAUCUAUCAUCUAGGAAUCAAUACCUUUGUGUGUCCUGCCCUUGCUGCGUCUUCUCAUUCCAUUUUUUUUCCAAGUGGAAAGAGGUUCCAUGCUCAGAUCAUUGUGUCUGGUUUAUUGUUCAUGUAAAUGUUUUAAUUUUAAUACUUAAUCUUUUAAUAUCUCUAAUUUUUAAUUGUUAACAUUGCUUUUUAUGAUAUCGUAAGCCGCUCAGGGUCACUUGAUAGUCAGAUGGGUGGCAUAUACAUUUAAUAAUAAAAAUAAAAAUUGAUCAUAAAAAUCACUGAAUAUUGUAAGCUUAAUGGAGAAAUAAGGUGAUGCUUGCAUGAACCUUCUCUUCUUACUCCCUGCAGAAGGAAUCAAAAUUGUGGUGCUCUCUGAGCUUGGUUGUUUUCUUGCAGACGUUUCAUUACCCAACUAGGUAACAUCAUCAGUGCAAGAAGGGAGUGGGGUUUGCUCUCUAUUUAUAUAUUAUAUAAGCGUUCCUAAUUGCCUUUUGUACAUUUUUAUGCCACAUGUUUUCUUUAACCUUUCAAGAUGUGUAACUAUUCCCUGAAAUAAAAUUGGUGUUACUUCUUCAGUCUAAUGGAUUUUUUCUGUACCCUCCCUUGCAUCUUCCAAUCAAAUUGCCAAUUACAUUUGAGUUGUGAAGGACCAUUAAGUUGACUGGUACUAACGGUAGCAUUAGCAAUAGCACGUAGACUUACGUACCGCUUCACA